CAGAGCUUACUUGGUAUUCUUCCAUUCCUAUCAGCUAAGCUUCCUUAAUGUGCUUCAGAACUGAGGGAAGAAAUAGAAGCUAGAAAAUAUGUAAACAAGUUUUAAACCUACAGAUUCUUCUUCUGCCUUCAGAUGUAGUUAUUGUGUUGUCAGGGGAAAAUAAAUGCAGAUGUUGGACCAUGUCAGAAAUCUUGUCAACAGCCUGGAUUGUUUCACACAGAGUGGAGAUGUGGCUUCUGAUUCUGGUCGCGUAUUUGCUUCAAAGAAAUGUGAAUUCAGGACAUUUGCCAACUAAAGCUGUGGACCCUGAAGCAUUCAUGAACAUUAGUGAAAUCAUCCAGCAUAAAGGCUACCCCUGUGAAGAGUAUGAAGUUACAACGGAAGAUGGGUAUAUCCUUUCUGUGAACAGAAUUCCUCAAGGCCUAGCACAGCCUCAGAAGAAAGGUCCCAGGCCAGUGGUGCUCCUGCAGCACGGUCUGCUUGGUGACGCCAGCAACUGGAUUUCUAACCUGCCCAACAAUAGCCUGGGCUUCAUCCUGGCAGAUGCUGGUGUUGAUGUGUGGCUGGGGAACAGCAGGGGAAACACCUGGUCUCGGAAACACAAGACCCUCUCCAUAGACCAAGAUGAGUUCUGGGCUUUCAGUUAUGAUGAGAUGGCUAGGUUUGACCUUCCUGCAGUGAUAAACUUUAUUUUGCAGAAAACGGGCCAGGAAAAGAUCUAUUACGUCGGCUAUUCACAGGGCACAACCAUGGGCUUUAUUGCAUUUUCCACAAUGCCAGAGCUGGCUCAGAAAAUCAAAAUGUAUUUUGCUUUGGCCCCUAUAGCCACUGUUAAAUAUGCAAAAAGCCCUGGGACCAAAUUUUUAUUGCUGCCCGAUAUGAUGAUCAAGGGAUUGUUUGGCAGGCAAGAGUUUCUGUACCAGACGCGAUUUUUCAGGCAGUUUGCUAUUUACCUUUGUGGCCAGAUGAUUCUUGAUCAGAUUUGUAGCAAUAUCAUCUUACUAAUGGGAGGAUUUAACACGAACAAUAUGAACAUGAGCCGAGCAAAUGUGUAUGUUGCCCAUUCUCCUGCUGGGACAUCUGUGCAGAACAUUCUACAUUGGAGCCAGGCAGUGAAUUCUGGGGAACUCCGAGCAUUUGACUGGGGGAGUGAGACCAAGAAUCUGGAGAAAGGCAAUCACCCAACUCCUUUAAGGUACAAUGUUCGAGAUAUGAUGGUCCCGACAGCGAUGUGGUCAGGAGGUCAGGAUUGGCUUUCAAAUCCAGAAGAUGUGAAAACACUGCUCUCUGAGGUGACCAACCUCAUCUAUCACAAGAACAUUCCUGAGUGGGCUCACAUAGACUUCAUCUGGGGGCUGGACGCCCCCCACCGGGUGUACAAUGAAAUCAUACAUUUGAUGAAGCAGGAGGAGGCUGACCUGUCCCAGGAGACCUGCAAGGUCUUACUGUAAGACUUCUGAUACUGACAAGACUUAGGAGCAACCUUCUGGAAGACGGAGCUAGGACCAGGAACAGCGUAGAGGAUUUUAGAAUUUUUCAGAAGGGAAAACCUAUUUUAUCUUUCAACAGGAAGUCAGAGAUAACAGUUAUAUUUUCCUUCAGUUUCUACAUUUGGCACUAAUACUCAGAUUUACAGUUUUUUUUCAGUUAGUUAAACUAAAGUAAGAGUAAAUAUGGGUUUCCUGUGCUAUCAUGUCUUCUACCGUUUUGAAAGUUAAUUUUCACCUGACAGCCAGAAAGUACCUAGAUGUUCACUACAUCAUUUAGAUAAACCACCCUCAUACGUUUAUUUUUUCUAAAGCCGUAUUUUUGGAGGAGUAAAAUAAAAUGACAUAUUGGAGUAGAUAUUGAGGUCAAAAAAUCUCUAGAUUGUUGUUGGUUUUGAAAACAUGAUCUGGACAGUUUUGCCUUGUUGCCAUGGAGUCAGGAUACUACCUACCUCAGGAAGCCAAUUGGCUUUAGCAACAAUGAAAAAAUCACUAUGUGGCACAGAGGAAUACAUGUUAAACAUUCUCAGAAUACGGCCAAGUUUUAGAGUUGAAUCACAGAGAAGAUACUUUGGUAGGAUAUUCGCGAGUUUCCCAAUAAAUACGUUAUGCAUUGAAUGUA